AUGGCUUCCCCCCUUCACCGUUGCAUAUCUAGGCGGCGGAACAAAUCGUCCAGCCUGCCAGAUCUAAGACAGACCAUCGUGCACAAAAUAGCUGGUCGCUUCAGGCGUGAAUAUGUAUGUGUCAUAGGCGACGGAGGAACGGGACGUAAUACACUAGUACGCCGCUUCUUGAAUAUGUCUGAUGGUCCUUUUCGUUAUUCACAGGUCACGAGAUACAACUACCGUUUUAUCAUGGUGCAUCUUUCAGAGAGGCCGAAUAUUCGGGAUCAGGAGAUUGUCAAUCUCUGUGUUUAUAUUUUUAAUCUUGAAGGGCUGAGUUCUCACACUUUCCAUUUAUCUGUUCAUCUAAACUCAUUUGCCAUCGUUUUUGAUAUAAGCCGCAGGAGUACUUUCUUCAGCGCUGUUCACUGCAUGCAUAGAUAUGCUGCAUAUUUAGGUCACAACAGGUAUAUCUUGGUUGGUAAUAAGGUUGAUCACCUACGGCCUGAAGUAUCGCAGGAGGAGGCUGUUGCUGCUGCAGCAGAACGCGGGGCUCGACGCUACUAUGGUUGCUCCGCUCUCAUGAAUAUUAAUAUGGAUUCAGUCUUUGAUGCUCUUCUGUUAAUGGCUCUCGAUCCGUUUAGACCUCUGCCUCCAUAA